UUUUUCUGCACCGCUUGUCUUUUUUUUCUCUUAUCUCUUGGAUAUAAGGUUAUAAAAGCAGAGUCCAACAUCAAAAGCAAAUCGUCACUUCCACCACAAUCUCAAGGCCACCUUGCGCUAUUGAACGAUGGUAUUUAGUGUCCGAAAUUUGUCACAUAAAACGUAUGAAAUCUGCAAAAAGAUAAACCAAAAAAACAAAAAGCAAACACGUAUGAUUAUGUAUAGUAUAUUGCUGUCGAGGUAGCUACGUGUGGGGCAUUCUUAAUUGCCAUUAGGGUUUUUUUUUCACUGUACAAUGAACUCGUUCAAUGUACUGCGAUAACACGCGGCCAAUGUAAACUUGUGAUGAACCUGGGUCACCGUCACUGUCAGGACACGUCCUUUUUCAACACGUUUUUCACAGUCCAAUGUGUAUUUUAAGUUUAGCCGUUUCUGUUCAUGGUGCAUAAUGAUUCACCUUUAAAGGGAUAUACUUAAACGUGUCGACCCAAAGACCCCUCUCGCUUCUGAGUUUUUUGCAAAAGGGAGUUUUUCUCGUUUUUAAGCAUUUUAUUAAUCUUCGCUGUUAAAAUUAAAGUGGGUGUGUGUCAGGAAUAUUUUUUCCCUUUAACGUCCUGUGUCGGUUCUGAGAUAUUUUAUGCAAAAGGAGUUUCUGUCGUUUUUUGGCAUUUUAUUUACUUUCGCUGUCUUCAAUAAAAUUUGUGUGUGUCAUGUAUAAAGAGAGUAUUUUUUCCUAAACUUAACCUUCUUGAAUGAUUUAACAAAUUAAGCGAAAUGCCAUGUCUUUGUAAAUCUGUAUUUUCAAGGCAACAGAAUUUCUCUUAAGAGUUUUCUUUUGUGCACUACACAGACCAGAUGAAGUUAGUUUCCGUCAAAUGCAGUUCCGAGGUGUCGAAGAUGAUAAUAUGUAACUUUAGACGACUUUCGAUACGCCAAAACUAAAAAAUUAACGCUUUGUCGCCUGGGCUUCAUUAAAAGAGUUGUCGACAUUUUAGAAAUCGCUUUGUAAGGUUUCGUUGAAGUGGGAUUGUGAUAAUUUCCAAUAUGUCCGAUUUUAGUAUAGUUGUACGCCAUGCUAAAAGUUUUGAAACUAGUGAGCGGGGGAAAGGAAGGGUUAAUGUAUCACUGUGCACACAAUCUGCGCAAGCUAUGCUCUUUUCAAUAAACUGUUGUUUUUUUAGGAUUUUCAUUAUCUAAAGUGGCAGAGUUGAUUUACUUUUGGUGGCCGGCUUCAAAUUACUACCUUGGUCUAGCAUCCCAACACCACAUGUGAUUAGUGAUGCUAAUUUAUUUAGCAGGAAAGGAUUAGCAAUUAGAAAAGUUGCUUUGCCUUUUUAACUUGGCGCCAGCCUCACCAAAUCAUGCAAGAAGCCAGUUUUGGUACCUAACGGAAACAGACCUGGCAAAAAGUGAGAUAUAUUCCCUGAGGGGACGAAUCUGCCUGCAUGUGUUUAUCUUGCUUCAGGCAGCUCGAGACCCUAGGCGGGUCACCACUCUAGCAGACGUGAACUGUCGGAGCUCAUGUUGAUUGCAUAUGGCUUCCCAGGGAACCAUUAACAAUGAAACCACUAAGGAUCUGCAAUAAUUUGCACCUUAAAUACCCCAUGCAGGUUUUUCUCCCGCCAUUUUCAUAGCAUUGGGCCUUAUGGCCACACCUUUUCUUAAAGAACUCCAUCGCAUAAGUUCAAUUUUGCUUUAAUUUUUUGAUGCGAUUUUUCUCGUUUUUUUCUGUUUGUGCGUCGUGUGGUUGGCUUGUUGUCGUAUUUAUAAAAGUUUAGACAGGGCCCGCUGCUGCAUGCAACCACGGUCGCUCAAAUAGCUUAUUCAUAUGUUGGCUUUGAUUACUUCCCUCGACAAGCUGGCGAAAACUGUCAACGCGACAAGAAACCCAUAAUUUUAAGGGAGCCAUUUUUCUUUCAAGAAAUGGAAGUGAAGUGUUGUUCAUUAGUUUUGAAUCGAAACGAAUGCGGGACCAUUCAAAUGCUUGUUGCGUUUAGUUACAAAGUUUCUUGUGUUGUUUAUUGAAGUCUCGCUUUCUCUUUUAUCCCUUAAUUGAUUCUGAACUGUCGAAUCGAUUAGCUGAACUCGUAGUUUCCACCUGUUUCUAUGAGAGCCGUCGUUUGAAGGCGUUCUAGACGCCAGACAUGGUGUAUUUUGCAAACUGAAACAACUAGAAGCUCUAAAACAAAGCCCCACAAAAACCCAAAACAACCACUUGAAAAUAUGCUGAUCAAGAUCUUGGAAUCUUACUACUUUGGGAUUAAAAGUAGUAUUUCUUUGUUUUUGAUAGCAGUUUAGCUUACAUUGUGUUAGAAUUUUGAAUUUCUACAUUAAAAGUAUCAAAAAGAAAGCUUCAGUAUAGAUGUUUUUUGCAGUAUGAAGCAAUUCUGUAUUUGUUGAAGCUGGUUAUCAACAAAAAUUCCGACUGCUUUCAAACUUCAAGUGUGCAAAUUUUCUUGUUUAUUCGACGCAAUUAUUUACCAUUUAAAGUUUUUCUUUUGAAGUUCGAACUUUUUGUUAUUAUUGUUUGGGCUUUCUCGACUGGAGUUAUGCAAAAAUAUUAUAAACUCGUGAAUAUAUUUACGUUAUGCAGUUCCAUUGAUGAAUGCUUUAUAUAUUUGCUUUAAAACUUCCAAUUGAAAUUGCUUAUCGAAAACAUUUCUCGAUUUUUUUUUGCAAACUUGCUUAAACUUUCUUGCGUGACCAAAAGGUUGUUCUAAUUGCAACAAUUUUGCUCUGAUAAAGAACAUUGUGGUAGUCCCCAAAAAUUAUAAAAAACCAGAAGAUCAAGAUAAGAUAAGAAGCAAAAAACGUGUUGGAAUACAACUUACACCCCCAACAAAACGACUGAAUUAUUUACCUACCCGCAAAACACACAUGUUGAAUCAAACUUUAGCUCAGAAGCAGGUCUUUAAAAAAAAAAAAAGAAAAAAGAAGCGUUUCAGAAGCUCUUUUCCAAACUUUUCGUUGGUAUUUUUUAAUUUACUUCUAAUUAUUUUGAACUAAAACCCGUGUCAUAAACCAAAGGUUAAAUUUCAGAGUGAGAUACAUUUUGAUUCCCACAUUCGCAAAUGUAUAGGACUUAAUAUUAUGGGUUAAAAAUACUCACAAAAAUUAAAAGUUUUUUCAAUUGAUAUUCAAAAAAAGACGGCAUCUAAAACAGGAUGCUUAGUGGAUUUUCAAAUUUAGUGCUCGAACAAUUUUUAUUUAAUUCGCCCUAGGGCAUACUGAAUUCAGCUGGACUUAAACAAAUCCGUCCUUUUUUCUGCUACGCUGCAAAUCAAAAGAGACUCCAUUGAAUAGAUUAGUCUUCAGUCUGAAUGAUUUUUCCCUAUAAAGAACUUUGGUAAGUUUCGAAAGAAUAAACGCUCCAUUUAUAAGUUUUUUUAGAUUAGCUAACUUGGUUUCAUAAUAUUAAUCAUGAAUGAUUAAUGAUUUUCUUUACAAUUGAUUCUGGUAUUGUAUAACGUCAUAUCGCUUAGUUGACUUCAGUUAGUUUUAUGAGCUCAUGGAAGUUGUUUAUCUCUAAUCCUCGCGGUUGGGUGCACGCGAAAAGAGUUUUUAAUUUGCGGCGACUUGCAUUGAAGACCAGAAGCCUUAGAGGGAAGACCCACGAAUUUCAGUCAGAUAUUUCGGCAGAAUUUCCAAAAAAUGGAAAACGAGAAAAAUGUGUCCCCAAAAUUCCACGUUACUGAAGAUAUGUUGCAGCGCUGCCUGUACAUGCGCAAAGAAGUUCGACCGCUGGAUAUCAGACAGUAUGCAUCGUGGACUCUCAACAAAGUGAGCUUCCAAAUCUCCGACAAAGCCUCAUCAUGCCAGAAAAUUACCCGAGCGCUCGAGACCUUUCCGCCAGAAGUUCGACUUUGUACAUCCGGGGUACCGGGCCACUUGGCAGGGGUGUGCGCGCGCAUGCCUAUCCCUGCUGGUACAUGGGUUGGCCCAUACGCAGGGCGCCGUGUGCUGCCGGGAGCUGUUAAGUCGGGCGACGCAAACGCUUACAUGUGGGAGGUUUGUCACGAGGGUCGCCUGGCGCAUUACAUCGACGGCAGUGACGAGGACUCGUCCAGUUGGAUGCGAUUUAUAAGAUGCGCGCGCAACAAACAGGAGCAAAACCUCUUCGCGUUCCAGUACCUCGGUAGCAUCUACUACCGCGCAUUCAAAGAUAUCGCGCCAGGCACAGAGCUGUUGGUCUGGUAUGACGAGAUCAACCCACAGUACAUGGGGAUACCGCUGGAAUUACGCGAUAUGAUAGGCGCGGAAUUCUCUCCAUCUUCUGACGUCAUGAGAAACGAGGGUUCGGCUGCGUCGGUAAUACCCCUUGAAUUGGGGAUUCUCACCACACCGCAUGCGCUAUCAAGCCAACCGCUGAAACGUGGCUAUGACCCACUGGCGCAGCUGCAAGUCCAGGAGUUCGAGCAUGCACACAAGAGGAAAAGGGUGUCGUGGUCAGACUCUGAGGACGUGUCUCCUAUUGGUGGAGAAGCUGGAGAUGAAAUUGAAGACUCGGGGAGAGAUGCGCCUGAGGUUAAGUCGCAGUUUGAGGAAGCGCCGUCCAGCAUUUUCCGUUGCGGCCAGUGCGGGAAGGCGUUCGCGCAGAAAUCCGUGCUGCAAGUGCACGUGUGCACGCGCAUGGCAAAUAAGCCGUAUCAGUGCGGGUACUGCGGGCUCUCAUUCAAUAAUCCCACAGAGUUGCGUGCGCAUGCGGUGUCACAUUGCAGCGAGAAGCCGUUCAAGUGCGGCUACUGCUCGCGGUCAUUCUCUGGCGCGACUACUCUGAACAAUCACAUUCGCACCCACACGGGCGAGAAGCCAUUUAGAUGCGACAGCUGCGGGAAGUCGUUCUCUCAGGGUUCGCAACUAAGUAGGCACCAGAGGUCUGGAGAUUGUUCAGAUGAUAGGGAUUCCAUUUGAGUGACACCAUAUCUUCUUGAGAACCAUUUAUUAGAAACAUUCCAUACACGCCAA